UUUUGGACAAUUCCCAUCAUCCCUGACCACUGGUCCUGUUAGCUAGGGAUCAUGGGAGUUGUAGGCCAAAACAUCUGGAGGGCCGCAGUUUGGGGAUGCCUGGGGUAGAGGAAUGUUAACAAGUUCAUAUGCCAUGUUCUUUUCUGAAUUGACCCCCAUAUGCACAUUCUCCUCCCUGUUAGGCCGAACACAAAAAUGCAUACAAUGUGAGGCGACUUUCCAUGGACUUUGGUUAAAAACAAUAACAAGCAGUGGACUUGUUAGUUUUGUAUCUGCUUUUGUGUUUCCACAUUCAAACCCUUAAAAAAACAACAACCCAAAACAAAACAUGCAGUUUGUGUAGUGUUAACGAUGGGGGAGGGGUAAUGAGUUUCUGCUGAAUACUAAUUGCUGAUGAGUUGUUCAGGGAGACUGCAGAAAGAAUGGGAGACUUGUUGUAAAUUAGUCACUAGCUCUAUUGUAGACAGCUGGGAGGGCAGGCCAGUUCUGUAAAGGUGCCAACCUUACCAAAAUCUUUCGGGUUCACUGUCAAACUGAGAGUCACUGUGAACAGAAAGCAAUCGUUUUCACAUUUUUUUUAGAAAAAAGAAUGUCUCAGGUGGGUCCUCUGUCCUUGUAAUAAUAAGGGAGAACUAUGCCCCCUCUUUAAAUUCAGGAAGGAUAAGAAUUCCAUAAUUUAGCUGCUGCUUCACUCACAAAUGUCUCUGAUCUACCGAUGCUAUAGAUUCUAAAGGGAAAUUGCUAUGUUUGUGGCAGGGACAGAAGCCUGGGAAAACUUUAGCUUUCACAGACUGACUGUAGAUUUUCCCUUUAGACUUCCUUGAUUCUUUAUAAACCUCAAAGCUGAAAAUAAUUUUACGUACUGCAGACCAAAUGCAGGUUAACAUUUUAAUAUAAAGAAAAGCCCUCUGUCUUUUGUUAUCUAUUUGAGAGAGAGAGAGUCCGAGAGAGAGUUCUUCUCUGGCAACUCAAGAUUAUUCUUCAUUUACAUUUGGAAAAUGAAAAGGUGAGUUAAUGAUUCAUUGGCACACAGUGACCUUUCCUAUAACUGCCGUCCAGGAUGCAGUAGCCCCACUGCAGGCUGUUCAGAUUUUGACUUGGCUGUGUCUGCUUUAAUAUUUAUCCACAUACUUGACGCUUGCAGAGAACAGACCCCAGCUGCCUCUCUUUCUUUCUUGGUUUAGUGGGCAAUUUGAUCCUUCCUUCUUGGGUCUUUUUAUUUUCUGUCACUUGACUUGCUGCUCAACACAACAGCAGCAGCACUCUCUAAAGAGGGGUUUGCGUAGCCAAAAUAAAAGUAAAAAAAUGGACUCGGAUUCUGAUGCACCUUUUAAUUACUCUUGGCCAUCGUUACCUAAAAUGAGAAUUAGAAAACGGACAUCCAGACCAAAAGUUCAACAACAUUCCCCAUUUGAGGCUUAUCGGAAAACCUCAAAUCCCUCUACCUUCUUUGCUGCAGCCAGACUUUCUGCUAUGCUGAAUGGAAGUGAAGAAGUCUAUGCAAACCGCAUGGUAGUGGAUCAGAUGGAAGACAUGGGCGUCAAGUACAUGAAGGUAGGCCAGUCUGCUCCUGAAACGUACAGAGACCACGCAGACUCGAAUGAAGAUCCAGAAGCAUCAGCAAAUAAUGGGGACAGCAAAAACUCCUCCCCCAUCAUUCAGUCUAACUUGGAUGCAGCAGCUCCAUACUUGUCGCUCCAGAAGACACAUGCAUUUGGCAAUCUACGGAAUCAACGCUAUUCCAUCAUUAAAAAAAGGAGCUCUAGUCUUGAUGACUUGGAUGUAGACAAUGGAGAUGAAAGAAUUUCUAACCGAUCCCAUAACUGCUACCCUUCAAUGUCCUUCAACUCUUCUACAGCCUUGGCCAAUAGGGAUGGGUUAGGUUCUUCAGAGACAACAACAGAACUGAAUUUUAACAUGAGCAGGGCUGAAUCCCUUCCUUUGUCCAGCAAUCUGCAGUCAAAGGAAUCGUUACUGUCCGGAAUUCGGUCUCGUUCAUAUUCCUAUACGUCACCCAAAGUCUUAUUAGGGAAAUCACACUGUGCACGGGACUUCACAGUAAGCGAUGCAAAUGACGAACAACAUGCAUUCAGCUUGCCUGAACAGUCAAGAGAGAAAAGGAUUCCGGAAGAAGAGUGGGAAAAGUAUAUAAUACCUACAAGAUCAGAAUCUGAAAAAUAUAAAGUCAGCCGUACUUUUAGCUUUCUGAUGAAUAGAAUGGCCAGUACACGAAAUAAAGCCAAGGCCAAAAAUAAAGAUGCCAAAGAGAAGGAGAAGCUUAACAGGCACCAAUUUGUUUCUGCGACUUUUGGCGGGGUGAUGCCAUGCUUCUCAUGUGAGAAAGCACUUUUGGGGAAAGAGGCAUUGCAGUGUUUAUACUGCAAUGCACUUGUGCAUAAAAAUUGUAGAGAAAGUGCUCCUGGGUGUCCAAAAAAAUCCCAAGAGAGGUGCCAUAUUAAGAACAGGAUGCAAGCUGUCCAGACAAAUCCAUCAUUCAGAGAUAUUCCGCAGCCAACAAUGUCCUCAAUGCACCCUUCUACCUCAACACCUAUUGGAUUCUCUACUGUAAAAAAGGAUGUAUUGCAGCCUUCAAACCCCUUAUCCAAAAGUGUUCCAGGUACCAGUUUUGAAAGGAAAUCCAUGUCACCUUUGGAAUCAGAUGCCGAUGCCAGCAGCUGGAGAUCUAGGUCGCACUCCGAAGAGCUGUUGCAAUCAAUAGGGACCGCUUCGUCAGUUGACUCUUUUAUAAUUGAAGCUACAGACGACGUUGAUGCCUCUCUCUGGAGCGACCUCAGCACCGAUGCAUUAGAAUUUGAGGCAGAAUCCUGGAGUCUUGUGGUCGACUCUUCAUUUUGCAAUAAGCAGGAAAAGGACAUUAUCAAACGGCAAGAUGUGAUUUUUGAGCUGAUGCAGACAGAAGUACAUCACAUCCACACCCUAUUCAUUAUGUCUAAAAUAUUCAGAAAAGGAAUGAAAGAAGAAUUGCAGCUGGAUCACAGCACUGUGGACAAAAUAUUCCCCUGUUUAGAUGAACUGCUAGAACUUCACCAGCAGUUCUUCUGCAGUAUGAAGGAAAGACGACAGGAAUCAUGUGAGGAGGGCAGUGAUAGAAAUUUUGUAAUUAGCAGAAUUGGAGACAUCCUUGUGCAGCAGUUUUCAGAAGAGAAUGCAAACAAAAUGAAGAUGAUAUAUGGGGAAUUUUGUAGUCAUCAGAAAGAAGCAGUGAGUCUUUUCAAAGAACUGCAACAAAAUAAAAAGUUUCAGAACUUCAUCAAACUACGGAACAGUAAUCUUUUGGCUCGACGUAGAGGAAUCCCAGAAUGUAUUCUGCUUGUUACUCAAAGAAUCACAAAGUACCCAGUUCUGGUGGAGAGAAUAUUGCAGUAUUCCAAAGAAGGAACUGAAGAACACCAAGACUUAUGCAAAGCCCUUUGCCUAAUCAAGGAUAUGAUUGCAGCAGUUGAUUUGCAAGUCAAUGAAUAUGAGAAAAAACAGAAAUUGAUGGAGAUUCUCAGUAAGAUUGAAAACAAAGCAUAUACCAAGUUGAAAAAUGGCCAUGUUUUCAGGAAGCAGGAUCUAAUCAAGAAAGAGAGGACACUUCUGCAUGAAGGUUUAGUCUAUUGGAAAACAGCUACGGGACGCUUCAAAGAUAUAUUAGCCCUCCUUCUAAAUGAUGUGAUGUUGUUUUUACAAGAAAAAGAUCAAAAAUAUAUUUUUGCAGCUGUUGACCAGAAACCUGCAGUUAUAGCCCUCCAGAAACUUAUUGUCAGAGAAGUAGCCAAUGAGGAGAGAGGGAUGUUCCUGAUUAGUGCCUCGUCUACUGGGCCGGAGAUGUAUGAAAUUCAUACCAGUUCCAAAGAGGAACGUAGUCAUUGGAUGAGGCAGGUUCAAGAGGCAGUGGAAAGUUGUCCAGAGGAAGAAGGAAAAAUGAGCGAAUCUGAUGAGGACCGAAGAAUAGCUGAAGCCAGAGCAGCCAAAAUUCAAAAAUGUCAAGUGAUUUUGAGUAAUCAGGACCAACAGAUCUGUAGCUACUUAGAAGAUAAGCUUAAUAUCUAUGCAAAGCUUGGAGACAUGAGUGGCUUUGAAGAGGUCCAUGUAGAACCACACCUGCUCAUAAAACCUGACUCUGGAGAAACACCUCAAGUGGCCUCACUCCUGGCAGCUGCUCUCAAGGAAGCGGAAAACCUCCAUGCAGCUGUAAGAUUAUCACAGAUGAAUGAAACAGACCUCUCAACAGAAGAGAGAACUGAAGAAUCGAGCAUUGCAGAACGUCUUGGUGAAGCUGAAGACUGCGAAUCUUUCACUGAUUAUACAGAACUGAAGGGAGAGAGAGAGCCUUGCGAUUCAGAUGGUAAUGAUGCAAACAGCUUUACAGAAGCUCACAUGCUGGAUCAGGAAGGAGGCAAGCAUUUUGCUGCUUCUGCACAAACUGAGAUUGUACAGACGAUCCAGAAUUUAACCCGCCUCUUGUACAGCAUACAGGCAGCCGUAACCAUCCAGGACAGCCACAUUGAGAUCCAUAAGCUGCUCCUGCAGGAACACGAAAGGUCCAGCUGGAGUCCCAGUUUCCGUAGCACCUCUCUCCCGGAGCAAGAAAAGCACCGGAACUUCAAACCAAAAGAGAAACUUGCAAAUAUCCAGAAGCGGCAGCACCAGUUCCAGCAAGAGCAGCAGCGCUGGCACCGCGAGUGUGAGCAGCGGCAACAAGAACAUGAAGCGAGAGAGACCUGCUUGCUGGAGAAGGAGAAAGAGUGCCUGAGCCAAGAGGAGCUGCUUUGCAAAAAACAGGGAGAGCUGGAUGUCCAGCUGCAGGAUUACCAGCAGAACCUGGAGAGGCUCAGGGAGAGCCAGAGGAUGGUGGGGAAGGAGAGGGACACAGUCAGGCUGCAGCAGAAGAUCUUGCGCCACUGGAAGCACAGCCGCCAGAGCAGUCUGCCUGCAGUGAUCUCCCCAGGGAACAAUGAGAUCAUGGGGCACAACCAGUCGGACUGUUUUUGUGGUGAGAAUUCAGUCUUCAUAAAUGAAGCCAUAGUACAGAUGUCAUUGAACCGCCUCAACAGAUCGAACUCAUCUCUAGUUUGCCAGGACAGUGUGCGUGGCGUGAACCUGCCAAAUUCAGAUUUAUCAAGGACUCCUGAAAACCAGGUCAAGCUCAACAUGGACAUUUCUUCCCAACAAGCAUUCACGGGUGAUCCCUCAAAAUCCAGUAGACUCUGCCAUCAUACUCUCUCCUUCAGCGCAGGUCACACAGAUGAUUGUAACAAUUGCAAUUGCACAGAAGCCGUGAACAGCAGGAUGAACUCGGCCAGUGAAGAUUUCGCUAGGAAUCCAGGAAUGAACUCGGAUCUAUCACUGAAAAGCCAAAUACCCAAAUAUCAAGACAUGAAUGCAUUGCAGAGCCACUGCCCAAGACCACAGAGUUCAAGCCUUGUCACUAUCCAGCCACAACACCCAUCAGAUGUUCGGCUGCACAGUCUACCUGGUGAUAGGCGACAAGAUUCAGAAAAUGGAGACACGGAAGAAAAUAUUGUUUAUCUCUAAAACCUUUCCUUGUUUACUACCAGUAGCACUUUAGGAUGGCUUUUCUCAUUGUUCAUAAUUGGUCUUCAUCCAAAUUACUUUGAAGACAUCUUAUUUAUUGUAUAAAAAAAAAGAGUUUCCCAGAUUCAUAGGAUGCAUAUUAAGUUAUUUUUAAAAAACGUGUCUGUAAUAUUUAUCUUGUGACACACAUAUUACAUCUGAAAUGCUCUACAAGCAACAUUGUUGGGCUAAAAUCUGCAAUGACUUGUGUAUGUGAUGUGAAUACCACAAUUAGAUCUUGGGUGGAAACAUUUCUAUUCCCAGGCAGAGACUGCACAGUCUUUGUGAAGGUAGUGCUGUGUGCAAUAGGAACAUUUGAGAUUUCAUAAUGCAACUCAGUAACUUAAAAAAUAGUUGAUGCACCAUAGUAGACCAUCCUUACCUACAUGUCCACACUCUGUCUGUCAUGGGUUCACCACCAUAUCAGCCUUUGUCUCUGGAUGGGGAAGCAUACCUGAAAUAUUUCUCAAGUAACUUUCUGGCUCUCUUGGUCACACUAUGAUGCAUUGUCGCUAUUGAAGAUCUUUUGCCAAAUUGGAGUUGGAUUAACACUUUCUUUUCACAGUGAACAAUUUAGUGGCCCAGCAUUGCCCCAAUAUUUUAUUGUAAAGGUGAGGAGCUUCAGGAAAUGGAUCCACAUCUGCAAACUAGAUUCCUUGUGGUUUCAGAUUACUCCUUGGCAGAUGUCUAUAUCAGAGACCUAGCAUGUAUAUAACUUUCUUUUCAAAGCAUUCGAGGUCGGUUUUGUGAUGUAUUGCUUUAUAACUUGUUCUUGGCUACAUCAUGUGCCCCCUUUUUAUCAAAGCACUGAAAUUCAUCACAUAGACAUUUUUAUCCCUGUGGAAUGGAGAGGAGGAUGGUGAGAAAAAUGUAGAGUUCCCCCGCUCCCCGCCUAAUCCAAAUACACUACUUUUACACACAUGGACUACAAAUCAGUGUGCUUCUUUAUAAAGUAAUGAAUGAAGGUGUUUUUUUUCCUGUGCAUUUUUCAUACAUAAUUGUAUACUUUUUUGAACUUAAUAAAUAUUCUUUAUCUCCAAAGAGAGCUCUUCAUAAUUCCUAGCGUUCAGCAACUGUGUUACUUUGGCCCAUUGCUGUUUCCACUAUUACAGUCACUACAAUGAUCUGACCCAUGUUUUGAAGCAUAUUAUAGUUCUUGUUCAGCAGAGGGGAAGGACCUUGCUCAGCGCAGAUGCUCUCAAACUCUUCCUGCAUGUGAGUUUUUGGGGGCCAGAGCAAACCAGUGCUAGUGAUUGGAGGGAGUUAUAUGCAGGCUGCUGUUGGUUUCAGUAUCCCCUUAGGUUGACAGUGACAGUCAGUAGGUACUUGACAUCUACUCACUCCUAGCACUUAGCAGUUGCCACUAGUGAACUCUCUUUGGCCAUAACUGUGUUAGUGCAAAUAGCCACAACGGCUGUUAUAAUAAAUUUGGGGUGGCUGCCAUUGCACAACACAACCAAGCAACAUCGGUUUCCAUGCACUGAAAGGCGACAGUGACUUGAACUUACUGAUGGUAUCAGUACACAGUGUUUCUUUACUACAUUUAUUGUUGUUUAGUCAUUUCCGACUCUUCGUGACCCCAGAGCAUGCCAGGCACUCCUGUCUUCCACUGCCUCCCACAGUUUGGGCAAACUCUUGUUGGUGGCUUCGAGAACACUGUCCAACCACCUCGUCCUCUGUCGUUCCCUUCUCCUUGUGCCCUCCAUCUUUCCCAACAUCAGGGUUUUUUCCAGGGAGUCUUCUCUUCUCAUGAGGUGGCCAAAGUAUUGGGGCCUCAGCUUCACAAUCUGUCCUUCCAGUGAGCACUCAGGGCUGAUUUCCUUCAGAAUGGAUAGGUUUGAUCUUCUUGCAGUCCAUGGGACUCUCAAGAGUUUCCUCCAGCACCAUAAUUCAAAAGCAUCAAUUCUUUGGCGAUCAACCUUCUUUAUGGUCCAGCUCUCACUUUCAUACAUCUCUACUGGGAAAACCAUAGCUUUAACUAUAUGGACCUUUGUCAGCAAGGUGACUACAUAAAUUACUACAUAAUUUCUGAUUAAAAUUGUAAAGCCUGUCCUGCAACCUCUCCUCCUACACUUUACUGUGACUGACAGAUUUUGAAGUCAGUGGCUGUUUUUGGAUGUAAUGCUAAAGCAUGGUUUAGCACUGUGUGGAUGAAC